AGACAGUCAGGUUAUUGGUAUAUUAGGAUAUAUAGAUGAAACACAAAAAAUAAAUUCUACAGAGUAAUGUGCACGGCCUAUUUUUAGUCACAGGGUAUUAUUGCAUUUGGUGUCUUCAGUCAAUACGUAGCCUACUCUGUCGGUUCAUCCUCAUAUUCCCGUUCGUCUUUUUAAUCAGCUGUGGUGAAUCAGAUAAGCAUUGUCCUUCUAAAAAUAUCUAAUUAGUUGCAUCGUUGAGUGGAUAAGUACAUGGAAUUAAUCUUUAUUCGAGAACAUCUCAAGAUAUUAUCGUAUAAUUGAGAUUAACCUGAUGUUUGAUAAAGAUGCGUGCUGUUUUGAUCACUAGGCGCUUGGUGGUACCCUGCCUCCUCGCACACGCGCUCAGCUCUGACUACAGCAGCACGCGCUCACAGACCCCUCCGUCUCAGUUUUCUCCUGCAGUUGGGCAGUAGCGUGUCCCUGCAUUUCGUCUGCGACAUUAACAGGACAGAAUCCUUGGCACGCCGCUCAUUGUCUCGCUAUGUAAUUUUAUUCCGACUGUCUUGAUUUCAUCAUUCCAGCACAUCUUCCCACACCAAACGGCUCAUCACAUUUCCGUUCGGUUGCCCUCCCGACCGAAGCGCCAGCAGGAUUUGCUAAGGAAAAGGGAAAAAAAAUACAAUUUUCGGUUUAACGCAAACUGGAAAUCGAGGAAUUAUGUCCUCCAGGCACAGGCGGGGGAUUGCCCGUUGGGGUUUCUGUUGGUUUCUUUGGGGGUUUUGGAGGAUCGGCGCCGCGUGUCCAACAUCUUGCACUUGCAGCGUCUCCAGGAUCUCGUGCACUGAUCGGGUCGCAGGGCUUUCGGCUUUCCCUGUCCUGCAGUCCGAUUUCGAAAACAUCGAAGAGAUAUAUAUUGCGAAUCAAGACAGAUUCUAUACCAUCACCGACAACGAACUGAAGUUCUACUCGAAUCUCAGGAACCUAACUGUCACAGACACUCAGCUGGCAUCUAUAGCUCCGAAUGCCUUUGUCAAUAACCCCAAACUCCACUAUCUAAAUCUAAAAGACAACCAAUUGCCAGCCCUGUCUUGGAGAACCUUUCACAAUUUAAAUUUAUCACAUUUGAUCCUGACGGGGAACCUUUUGCGGUGUUCAUGUGAGAACAUGUGGAUCAGGCAGUGGCAGGGGCCGGAGUCUGACAACCAGGACCUGCGCUGCGUGGAGGAGGAGGGCGGGACCAAGCUCCUCUCCCAAUCGACCCCUCCUGACUGCGUUCCUCCAACAGUGACGAUCAGCCCCUCUAACAUCACACAGAUGGCAGGAAGUGAUGUCACAGUGACAUGCAGGGCCAGCGGGGCCCCCGUCCCCAAGCUCAUGUGGAACACCAGCAUUUUGGUCACUGCCUCUGAGGAAGACACAUCCGACUUGCAGUCCAGGCUCAUCCUGUCCAACCUGUCUUACCUUGACAAUGGGCACGAGCUCACCUGCAGUGCGGAGAACAUAGCGGGUCUGAACGAGGCUUCUGUGGUCCUCAACAUCCAGUUCGCUGCCAUUAUCCUGCAGCUGAUGGACCCCACCUCGGACCAUCACUGGUGCAUCCCGUUCAGUGUGGCGGGGAACCCCAAACCGCAGCUGCAGUGGCUGCACGACGGAGAGCCCGUCCCCGACCACGACUACAUCUGGACCCAGAUACACGACUCCACCAACCACGAGUACCACGGGUGCCUCCACAUGCAGACCCCCACGCACCUCAACAACGGCCAGUACACCCUGCUGGCCCGCAACGCCUACGGCGAGGACCAGAGGACCGUGUCGGCCGUCUUCAUGGACCCCAUCGUGGACGAAUUUGGGACAGUAACACCACCACCAACGUCAGAACAUGAAGACAGUGUAGCUGCGUAUGUGGUCGUCGGGAUAGCUGCUGUGGCCUUCACGGGAUUCGUGCUGAUGUUGAUCAUUCUCAAAUUUGAGAAGAUUUCCAAGUUCUGUCUGAAAGGGUGCUCCUCUGGCAUGAGCAAUGAUGACGACUCCGCUAGUCCCCUUCAUCACGUUUCCAACGGCAACAACACCCCGUCGUCCUCGGAGAUGGGCGCCGACGCCGUCAUGAUCGGAAUGACGAAGAUCCCGGUGAUCGAGAACCCUCAGUACUUCCGCAGCACUGGUGGCCUGCUAAAAUCACAGACAUUUGUCCAGCACAUCAAGAGGCACAACAUCGUGCUGAAGCGCGAGCUGGGGGAGGGGGCCUUCGGGAAGGUCUUCCUGGCCGAGUGCUACAACCUGACCCCCGAGCAGGAGAAGAUCCUGGUGGCCGUCAAGACACUCAAGGAGGCCAGUGAGAAUGGACGGACGGACUUCCAGAGAGAGGCGGAGCUCCUGACUAACCUGCAGCACGAGCACAUCGUCACCUUCUAUGGUGUGUGUGUGGAGGCCGACCCGCUCAUCAUGGUGUUCGAGUACAUGAAGCACGGAGACCUCAACAAGUUCCUCAGGGCCCACGGUCCAGACGCCGUGCUGAUGGACGGGCUGCACUGCAUGCAGGUGGAGCUGACGCAGCCGCAGAUGCUGCACAUCGCGCAGCAGAUCGCAGCCGGGAUGGUCUACCUGGCCUCCCAGCACUUUGUGCACCGCGACCUGGCCACACGCAACUGCCUGGUGGGGGAGAACCUGCUGGUGAAGAUCGGAGACUUCGGCAUGUCCCGGGACGUCUACAGCACCGACUACUACAGGGUGGGCGGGCACACGAUGCUGCCGAUUCGCUGGAUGCCUCCAGAGAGCAUCAUGUACAGGAAGUUCACCACAGAGAGUGACGUGUGGAGUCUGGGGGUCGUCCUGUGGGAGAUCUUCACCUACGGCAAGCAGCCCUGGUAUCAGCUCUCCAACAAUGAGGUGAUUGAGUGCAUCACGCAGGGGCGUGUCCUGCAGCGGGCCCGCCUCUGUCCGAAGGAGGUGUACGACCUGAUGCUGGGCUGCUGGCAGAGGGAGCCGCACAUGCGCCUGAACAUCAAAGAGAUCCACUCGCUCCUGCAGAACCUGGCCCGAGCUUCACCCGUGUACCUGGACAUACUGGGCUAACUGUGUGUGUGUGUGUGUGUGUGUGCGUGAGAGUGUGUGUGUGUGAGUGUGAGUGUGAGUGUGAGUG